AGGUUCUCUAAUGAUCUUGUUUCACCAUGGCAACCAAUAUGGAGGUGCUGGCUCAGCAGGUAGUGGAGACUCAGCAGGUGGCUGAGGAAAUGCACCGUGGUAACAUAGUGUGAUGGUUGUAUCUUGCCACUGGAGAGAUCGCUCCAUCUCAAGAGUGUAUGAAGCUCUGUGAUUUCUUCCUGGCCGACUAAACAGCCUCAGUUCCCGCAGCCUUUGCUCAUAUGAAAGAUGUUCCAGUCCCCUGAUCAUCUUGGUGACCCUGUGCUGGACUCUCUCCAGAAGUUCUCUGUCCCUCUUGAGCUGAGGAGCCCAGAAGUGGACACAGGACUCCAGAUGAGGCCUCACCAGGGUAGAGUAGAGGGGGAGAAGAAGCUCCCUUGACCUGCUGGCCACACUCUUCUUGAUGCCCCCAGGAUGCCAUUGGCCUUCUUGGCCACGAGGGCACACUGCUGGCUCAUGAUAUGACCAUAACAAAGCAUCACAUAUUUAUCCAUUCUGAUGAUCUGAAGGUGCAGACUGUUCAGACUUCACUAUCUGAAUCUCCAGUGAUGACCAGCCCUUCCCAGCGUAUCCAGAUAAUUUCCACAGACUCCUCUGUAGCUUCACCACAACGCAUUCAGAUUGUCACAGAUCAGCAAACAGGUCAAAAAAUCCAAAUAGUGACAGCAGUGGACUCAGCAGUGUCUCCAAAGCAACAGUUUAUUUUAGCCAGUCCAGACGGAACUGGUGCAGGAAAGGUAAUAUUGGCAACACCUGAGACAUCUAAUGCCAAGCAGCUUAUCUUUACCACUACGGACAACAUUGUGCCAGGCAGAAUUCAGAUAGUGACAGACUCUGCUUCGGUGGAACGUUUGCUGGGAAAAGCUGAUGUUCAGCGGCCCCAGGUAGUAGAAUAUUGUGUAGUCUGUGGUGAUAAAGCAUCAGGUCGUCACUAUGGUGCUGUCAGUUGUGAGGGAUGCAAAGGUUUCUUUAAAAGGAGUGUGAGGAAGAAUCUGACCUACAGUUGUCGUAGCAACCAGGAUUGUAUCAUCAAUAAACACCAUCGGAAUCGCUGCCAGUUUUGUAGGCUUAAGAAAUGUCUAGAGAUGGGAAUGAAAAUGGAAUCGGUUCAAAGUGAAAGAAAGCCUUUUGAUGUGCAACGUGAAAAACCAACCAACUGUGCAGCUUCCACGGAAAAAAUCUAUAUCAGAAAAGACUUAAGAAGCCCUCUAAUAGCAACUCCAACAUUUGUGGCAGAUAAAGAUGGGACACGGUCAGCGGGUCUUCUUGAUCCAGGAAUGCUUGUGAAUAUUCAGCAGCCUUUGAUCAGGGAUGAUGGUACAGUCCUCCUAGCUUCUGACUCUAAGGCCGAGACAAGCCAGGGUGCUUUAGGAACACUAGCAAAUGUUGUAACAUCUCUUGCUAAUCUCAAUGAGUCAUUAAAUAACGGAGAUACUUCUGAAGUUCAACAAGAAGAACAAUCUGCAAGUGAGAUUACACGGGCAUUUGAUACUUUGGCUAAAGCACUUAAUACCACAGAUGGUACAGCAGCUCAUAACUUGGCAGAUGGGGUGGAUCCUGCAGGAGGAGGGAAUAUUCAUGUAAUCAGUAGAGAUCAGUCAACACCAAUUAUUGAAGUGGAAGGACCUCUACUUACAGAUACACAUGUAACAUUUAAGCUGACAAUGCCCAGUCCAAUGCCAGAGUACCUUAAUGUUCACUACAUCUGUGAGUCAGCAUCACGACUACUUUUCCUCUCUAUGCACUGGGCUAGGUCCAUACCUGCAUUUCAGGCUCUUGGGCAGGACUGUAAUACAAGCCUCGUGCGUGCUUGCUGGAAUGAGCUGUUUACCUUAGGCCUGGCACAGUGUGCACAGGUGAUGAGUCUGUCUACUAUCCUGGCAGCUAUUGUCAACCAUCUCCAGAAUAACAUACAGGAAGAUAAACUUUCUGGAGACAGAAUAAAGCAAGUCAUGGAACAUAUCUGGAAACUUCAGGAGUUCUGUAACAACAUGGCCAAGCUUGAUAUUGAUGGAUAUGAAUAUGCAUACCUUAAAGCUAUAGUCCUCUUUAGCCCCGAUCACCCUGGUCUGAGCAGUUCAACCCAAAUAGAAAAAUUCCAGGAGAAGGCACAGAUGGAAUUGCAGGACUAUGUACAAAAAACCUAUCCAGAAGAUACUUAUAGGCUAGCCCGGAUUCUAGUUCGCCUGCCAGCACUUAGGCUGAUGAGUUCUAGCAUUACUGAGGAACUAUUUUUUACUGGUCUCAUUGGAAAUGUUCCUAUUGACAGCAUAAUCCCCUACAUUCUCAAAAUGGAAACAGCAGAAUAUAAUGGUCAAAUAACUGGCACAUCUGCGUAGUGGGAACAACACACUUUGAUAGAUUGAAGUAAUUUUUGUAAAAAUGUAAAAGUGCGAAGUUAAAAGAAUAUCAUUUUGGUAUGUACAAAUACUUCCAACUUACCACUUUCUUGUCAGAUUUCUCCUUGUCUGUUUGCUGAUGUUGACAAAAUUUAAGCAGCUAUUGCAAGACCUGCUAUAGGACAUUUUCUGCCACAAGGAAUAUUUUUUAUGCCUUUCAUUUAAAAGGCUAUACAUAUUGAACGUACUUUUCACUAAAUACUUUGUAUUUAGAAAUUAUCAGUGGUUAAGAGUUUUAUAAUAUCGGAGAGUAGUAGUAAAAUUACUUUAAAAGUAAAAACAACAGUAUGUAUAUAUUUAAAAAUAUCCUUGGAAUUAAUAUCUAAUAAAUGCCAGGGUAUAGGACUAGCACUUUGUAAGUAAUUCUUGUCAAAGCAACACUGUCAUAAACAUCCUGCUUACGAGUAUGGAAAAUGAAAAAAGUCGCAUAUGUCCUUAGUCUAAAUGCUAGUGAUUUCUGUGAAAAUGUCGAAUGCUACAGAAGACAAUCAUUUCUUCUACAGAAAGUCACUCACUCUUAUGUUAUGCAUGAAAUAUUAAUGUGGAUUCUUAAAUAUCUACAUUAUAUGAAACUGUACUCUGCUAAAUUAGAGCAGUGUAGUUUACAGUACAAAGCAACCAUAGUGACUUACAUGCUAUGGGAAUUACCUUAAUUAGAGACAAAAACAAAGUGUUUCUUGCCACAGCAAGGAUGAAAUAUUCAGGCUUCUUAAAGUUUCUGUUGAGACCAAGUCAUGGCAAGUGUUAUUCUGAAAGGAAACCUUUGGAUUGUGGGGAAAAUCAAUCAUUAACUGUAAGAACAGUCAUUUUCAAGUAGAGCUAUGUGAUGCUCUUGAAAUAUGCUCUUUGUAUUUCUAAAUUUACUCCUUGCUGUACUCUUAAACACUCUCAUCAUCUAGCCAAAGGUACAAUUUAAAACCUGAAAUGUGUAGAACCUCUGGCUGUCAGCAAGAGUAUACCACAAAGUUCUCUUACUUUAUUUCUUCUCCUCUCCCUCCCUGUCCCUGACCGAGCACUCCCAAAUUCAUAGUGCUGUCACUCCUAGGACUCAGGGAAAUAUGGUGAAGAUUUGCAUUCAGUCACAUAGAAUUGCAGCUAGUGACUGAUGUACCAUGGAGUUAUAAAAUUAACUACUUUUCAGUUGUCUAGAGUGAUGAGCCAACAACAUGUUUUCUGGCAUUGGCCAGUAGUUGGUAGCAUUGCUUUCAUUUUAGUAUAAUUUAUUAUUCUUGAUAUUAAAUAUUUUAAACAAUCAAAGUUUUUUAAAAAGUCGUGGCAGUUAAUACCUUCAUCUGAUCCUGGCUCAUUAGAGGCAUUUUUUAGUUGAGUAUUUUUAUGUGACAAAAACGGAAUGAUAAGUUAAGCACUACUUUUACUUCUGUAAUUGACAUUUAUUUAGAAACACCAGCCAGGUUGGUGUUUCUGUGAAUUGUAACCAAAAGAUCUUAAGCAGCUCUAGAUGAGACUUCUGAUAAAUAAAUAAGAAGUCCUGGUCUGGUAUACUAAAUUCUCAGUGAAGAGCACUGACUCAGUAUUUCCAUGCUGAGCACAGCUGGCUCUGCAUUAUUAUCACAGUAUGCUUUGGAAAAGGCAUAUUCUGAGAUGUAAUAGGGAAAAUCAGUCAGGGCUGAAGCUUCCAGGCAAAAGCAGUUUCCUGACUGUGUUUAUUCUUUAGCGGCGACUGUAAAACACUUUAAUGGUUUCUUUGUUGUGUAUUGUACACGGGACUUCCACAGAUUCCUGAAUUAUUUCAUUCAAGAUGCUGAAGGGGACUUUUCCUAUCCAUUAAAAUUAUAGAAGGUAGAUAGGAUUCUUCCCUAAUUACCUGCUGUUUAUUGAGUAAAGGGUAAUUUUUAAAAGCACUAAAUAACAUGAGUAGCAAGGGUAUCAGGAAUACAGUUUAGCCAGGAAAAGAGAACUGGAAAUUAUGAGCCUGAGGAUGCUGCCAAAGAAGCUGUGAUCAAAGCAGUGUUCUGCAAAAGCAGCACCAGUCAGGGACUGUGUUUGAACUGGGUGGUGCAAGCAGGAGAAAAGCUGCUGGGGUGGUUUGCUUUGAUGAUAAGCAUGGGCCUGCUGCAGUCAUAAUCCCUCCAUGUAUCCAGGGAGAAUCAGCAGAGUGAGGCCUUGUUCACCCUAUGCAGGAGAGUAAGGGGCAGAGGAAGGACAAAUUGCCAGCAACUACUGGAUCUUGAAUGACAGAAAAUUAGUUUAAAGAACAGCUUUAUAUGAUAAGUUACCAAGAGGGCAUGGCAAAGGGGAGAAAAUGAAAACAUUUAUUUUUUGCAUCUUUUAAUUUUAAAGUUGCUGAGUCAUGUGAACAGCAAAUGCCCCUGAACUAAGUUCAGGUUUUGGGUUUUUUUUUUUUUGAUGAAAAAUGCCAUGACGCCUCUUGUUUGAUAAUGCUACAACCCUGCUUCUGCUGCGAAUUACCGAAGUUAUUAAAAUUAUAUGGGCAAUUAUUUGUGACAAAACCAAGAAAUAUUAUUUAUACUGAGUUUGCAAGUUAAACUAAAAUUCCUUGUGAAUUUUAAAGGCUCUAAGUCUAAACCUAUUCACUUGGAAAACAUCAAACCCCAGAAUUACCUUAUUACUGAGCUUUUUGUUGUGAAGUCAUGCUAAGUUCACCACAGAUAAUACUGUCAUAAUGUUCUGUAAUUUCUACAGCCUGUUUUGGAGUUACAUGAUUGCUUUGAAAAUGGCUUAUUUUUGUUAAAUUCAUGCUUGUAUUCUUUCUUUUUAAAGGGUCAGAUAGAUUUUCACACAUCUUUAUUUUGUGCCUCACAUCAUUGUGCAUUUCUGCAUGUACAAUUCUAAAACUCACUUGAGCAGCUAAUGCGUAUGUACAUACUUGUAUGUAUAUGUCUAUGAAUGUAUAUGUUUAUACCUGUCUAACUAUAUUAUGUACAGUGUAUAGAAAGUGUGUAGUGUAUGUAUAUUUGUACAGAUAUGUAGCCAUGUAUUGAUACCAUUCUGUAUGUUAAAGACUACCAUUCAUUUGCUCAUCCAGGGCUUCCUACUUUUCAUUUCUUAGCCCAAACUAAGCCUUGCUUAAGCAGAUGAAUCCUCCUGAAUUUCAGUUUUGCACCUUUUUCUAAGCCUAGCCUGAAUUUCGUAUUUUCUGUUCAGAACUGACAUAUAUUCCAUGAAUUCUCUGACAUUUACAUUACUCCCUUUACCAUUUCUCAUUUGAUAUGUAGCAGUCUGCCAGUGAACACUUAAUUGAACAUACAAUGUCCAUUAAAAAUAAAUGAAUAAAUAAGUACAGUCAUAGAAGAUACUGCCUUGUUUUCAAUAUACACUCAUUCUCUUUCAGCCUUCUGAGAGACUUUUUUUGUGAAGUUUUACUUUGCAGUGAAACUUGGUAAGAGAUUUUUUUGGUUUUAAGUCUUCAGCAGUGGCCAAGGGGAAGAAAGGCAGGUUGCCCUUUAUCAUUGAGCUGCAGCACACAGAACAGGAUGCAAUGCUGUUUAAAAAAUUAAUAUAUUGCCAUAAUGAUAACACAAAACCAUACCUCUAGUUAAACAAAGACUACGUCCUCUGUUCAAUGAAUCAACGUUUCUGUUACAGUAUUUAUGAAAUAAGACUGAGAUUGCAGUUAGCUUAUUUCUUAGCCAUGAUCAGGACUGACUUAGGAGUUUCACGAUUAUUUCAGUUGUAUGUUCAUUUUCCAAAGUUAAUCUAUUUUUUAGCUUAAACUAAACAAAGCUGGUUAGUUCACUUGUCAGACUGAUGUCCAUUUUCUUGUUCAGUCGUUUCCUGAGACUGUAAUCCGGGCAAAUCUUGGUCCAUGUGUGAGAAGUUUCCACUGUUCACACAGGUGCUGGGCACGUGGAGCAUUCAUGACAUUGACUUGGAGUAAGACAAUUUAUUACUCAGAGAGAAUAUCAAAUAUGUAAAUUAUCAAAGUAUAAGUAGUUCUUGUUCCUUUUCCCUCCUCCUGACUUGAGAUACAAAGGAAGCCUUCCGUAAAGGUAAUGCUAUUAACUUUGUCUUUUUAAAAAAGCAUCUCACAGACAGCGUAGUAGUUCAGCACGUCUUGUUUCUGUCACUAAAAAGGUGAAGUGGAAUUUUCUGGGCAUUUAUUUCCACCUUUUGACCCCUAUGUGGCAAAGACCUGUGUAUGUUUAAGGAGAGGAGCAGACAUCAAUUAAAAUGAUUACAAGCUGGCUCUCUGCUUGUAAAGUCUUUGCUAUGGAGAAUGCUAAGAAUGUUCUCUGGUUCUUGCCAUAUGAUUUGGUAAGCGUAAGCUUUUGUUUCAAAUAUAGAAAAAAACUGUAAAACCUCCAUUUUACCAUUUCAAACUUUAUUUUCAAGAUUUUUAGAAGGAAAGUUACUUAAAUUAAGGGCAGGAAUUGGUUCUUCAUUGGUGUAUUGACAGUCAGUGCUGUUUGACUAAUGUUUGCUUUCUUCUCUAAUGCCUGAAUGGAAAUCUGAAUGUCUAUUAAUGUCAUUGUACUGAAGGAACAUUUUUAAAGACCAGGAAGCUGUAUUGGAGUAUUGGUCAGCACUGAAUCUGUUUAAAAAUUCAAUUGUGAAUUUAGAAAAAAAGCAUAUUUUUAAAUUGUGAGUUUUUUAAUAUAUGUUUGAAUUGUUUGUAUUCUGGAGGAGAAAAUAUGCUCACAUGUAAGUGGCAAUAAAAGCUCUAUUGUAAUAUUCUAUGGAAAUUGUGGAAUGUGAAAUCGGCUUUCUGUAUUUGAUCACAGAAGGCAAAAGUCUGAGAAGCACACCUCUUGCCAGGUAGCUUAACAUCCCAAAUAACUGGCUUCUCAUACUUUAUUUUUUAAUGACGAUAAAUAAAGGCACAGGUCCAUUUUAGAAGAUUUUUAUAUGAUUAUAGGUUAAAAGUAGGACUGAACAAAUUUCAGAUAAAAAGGAUAUUCCUUAAGAAGAAAGUAUGUUACUUACUGAUCAUAUACGUUCAGUUUCUUGUAUAUGGAAUCAAGAUUAAAUGUGGAAAUAUUUUUAAUAAUUAUUCUGUACUCCAAAAUACAUUGCAGGUCAGCAUUCUAACAGUUUUGUAACCGAAAAACUGCACAUUGUGUAAGUGCUGUAUCUUUCUGGAGUACAAGAGGGUUCUGAGCACCUACAAAAUUACCAAAUUUUUAUAAAAGGAAUCAUCUAGUUUUAAUUCCUUGGGAUAUUUUCUGGACAUCUCUGUUCAUUUUAAUUUAGAAAGCUAUUGUUUAUGUUACUGUAUUUUAUUUUCAAAUUAAAACUCUUGCAACAGUUGUUAAUUUCUCGCAGCUUCUUUUGAGAAAUCAGCUUUGUUAUGUGUGAUAGCAUUUAAAAAUGAUAGCAUGUUCUUUUUUAAUCUGAAUUUUGUAUCUGUGUCUUCAGUCAUGAAGAGGAAUUUGCAUUGUUGUGUUUGUAUAUAGAGUAUUGCAGUGCAUGAUUUAGCUUAUGCAUUUUAUUAAAUGCUAUUUAAAUGUGGCAUUAUAUUGUUGUGGCGUAAUACUACUACUUACAUGAGGUUUAUACCAU